AUGUUCUUCCUUCGCCAAACCAUAGUCCUCCUUGCAGGAGCAGUAAUCAUCGUCACCGCACUACCAUCUCCCUCGCCACAGGGAGGCUUCAUUGGCGUGACCAAAUGCGCCGGCCACGUCGGCGCCUAUGCCUGCUACAAUGCCAACACCAUAGUCCUCUGCACCAGCGACGAUCAGGGCACGCCCGUAUCGUACUGUGGAACUGGGCAGACGUGUACCACUGUCGAGGGUCUACCAUAUUGUAUCUGA